AUGAAAGCCAAAAGACAGGACUCGUUGAUGCAAGAAAGCAGAGAGCAUGACUUUCACAGAGACACCACAAAGUCCUUCCGAUUUGUACGUCAGGAAGUGGAGCAGGAGCAGAAACGUACAUUGGAACGGAUGAGUGACGAUCAUGAGAAAGAGAUCAGAAUGAUCAGGGAGAAACACUCUGAGGACAAGAUUCUUCUGAAGGAGCAGCUUCUUUCUCGCUUCAACCAAGAGAAGGAGCAGCGAGAGGAGUGUCUAGCGCUCAGUCUGCAGAAACUGGACUUUGAGCACAAGGCAGAAGUUCUGAAAAGGAAACGGGAAAAUUCAGACAAAAUGUUGGAGCUGAAGAAGCUGUCAAGUGAGCUGGAAGUGAGACGCGACCAACUGGAGAGCCAAGAAGCCGCGCUCAAGACUAGAGCGGAGAGAUUGACUAAAAUAAUGAGUUAUUUAGAAGGAGAAGACAAGGCAGAAGAGAGAAAUAUGAAGUCUCCUCCAAGUCAAGUGUGUAAGGAGGAGGCAAAAAGAGACCAGGAGGAGAAACGUCAGCUGUACGUAUCAGGCUGUCAAUGUGACGUUUCCUUCGACCUGCUGAAGAAGAGCAACGACGAGCUGAGAACUUGUCACCGGGAGAGAGAAAACCUGGUGACGAAGCUGGACCAGCUGCAGAGACAGUACAACACGCUGAGCACCAGAAUGAAUGAGUUUGAAACAAGUUCCUCAAGAUCGGACGUAAAAAGCUCUAAAAUGUUAAAUGAAGAGCCUUCUUAUAAGGGGGACUGGAGAUCUGGGUCACCUCCUCUAUCUAGCAAUGUGGAUGUCGAGCACAGAGCCAGACGCUUCCUAAAGUUGGAAGCAGACAGACUGGAGGACUUGAGGAGAAAAGAGUCUGAAUCACCAAGUUCAAGGUUUUUGUCCUCUUGGGGUAAAUACAGGACAGAGUAUGCACACAACAGUAUGGUGGAUCUCAACAACAGAGGGUACCGCUAUUAA